GGCAAGGUUGGUUGCAUGAGACCUAUUCUUACGCAAUCACUUUAGUCUGUUAUGAUCAUGUAAUUAGUUUUUAUUUCUUCCUUGUUUUACGCAUGUAAUAUCCCUAUAUAUGGGUCUUGCAAAUUGAGUUUUAAAAAAUAAGAGAAAUCAUUUUUUCUCCAUUAUGUUUAUCCUUAAUUUGCUCUGGAGAGUUAGUAUUCAUCUUUAACCAAAAGAUAAGAGUCCAGUCUUAACACCAACACAGUGGUAUCGGAGCUUUUCACGAUCGUGGGAGAUGGCGUCCAACUUGGUUCAGCUACAAGUACCUGAAUUAAAGAAAGAUAAUUAUGGAAAAUGGUGCAUUCAAUUCAAGGCGUUAUUUGGUUCACAAGAUCUGUGGGAUAUAGUCAGCAAUGGCUAUAUUGAGCCUACUCCUGAGCAAGAAAGUGCAUAUACUCAGGAGCAGAAGAAUAUUCUCAAGGAUCAAAGAAAGAAGGACAAGAAGGCCUUGUUCUUACUUUAUCAAGGACUGGAGGAUGACACGUUUGAAAAGAUUUCAGAAGCUGUCACCAGCAAAGAGGUGUGGGACAAGUUGGGGAUCAUCUACAAAGGUGUGGAACGAGUGAAGAGAGUACGCCUGCAGACGUUAAGAAGUGAAUUUGAAGAAGCUCGCAUGAAGGAAGGAGAAACAGUGUCUGACUAUCAUUCCAAGUUGAUUGGCAUUGUUCACCAGAUGCGAAGGAAUGGAGAAACACUCGACGAUAAUCGAGUGAAUGAGAAGUUGUUGCGGUCCCUAAUGCCAGUUUUUGAUUAUGUCAUUGCGGCAAUUGAAGAGUCGAAAGACCUGGCCACCAUGAGCACAGAGGAGCUGCUUGGGUCACUUCGUGUGCACGAAUUGCGGAUUCGAAAGACUGGAGAUGUCGAUGUCACAUCUACAGAGAAAGCUUUGCAAUCCAAAAUUUCUUUUCAAGGCUCUGGAGGAAGUCGUAGUAGGGGACGUGGUGGAUUCAAUCCUCGAGGGAGAGGAGGUCGUGGUAAUUCCAUGCAGACUAGAGGGACACAAUAUGGUGAGGGACGAAUGACUGUACAAUGCUGGAAUUGCAAGCAAUAUGGACACUAUGCUUCUGAGUGUCGUAACAAGAAUGACAAAAUGGCCAAUUUUGCUGAAGGGUCUGCAGACUCACUAGAGGAGCCAACAUUAUUGUUUGCUGAAGGUUCAUGGGAGGAGCCCAUGUUGGACGUUAACGUUGCUGAUGGGUUAGAUGAUCCACAGGAGGAGCCCAUGCUGCAUGUAGCUGGCACUGAAACUCUUCAAGAAGGAAAUGUUUGGUAUUUGGACUCUGGCGCAAGCAACCACAUGAGUGGAAGAAGGGAUUUUUUCAUGGAAUUGCACGAACAUACAGGACGAACUGUUAGUUUAGGAGAUGCUUCUAAGUUACAAGUUGCAGGGACAGGAAAGGUGAUUAUCUAUCAGAAGGAUGGCUCACAUGCGCAUAUUUCUGAUGUGUACUACGUACCAAAUAUGAGAAGCAAUAUUUUGAGUAUUGGGCAACUUCUUGAGAAAGGUCAUGUGCUCCACAUGGAGGGGGAGUAUACGGAGUUGAGAACUCGUGAGAACCGACUCAUUGCUCGAGUUCGAAUGUCGACCAAUCGUAUGUUUCCUUUACGCUUGAACACAAUGUUGGUGCAAUGUCUUGCCACACGUUUGGAGAGUGAAAGUGAAAAAUGGCAUUUACUAAAGGAGGGUGGCAUGGUGCAAGGACUCCCGAACAUUGAUGAACUAGCUGGUGUGUGCCCAACUUGUGUUCUUGGGAAGCAAACAAGGCAACCUUUCUCUACAGAAAGAAAAUGGAGAGCUACUGGACGAUUGCAACUUGUCCAUACUGACUUGUGCGGACCAUUUGAACCAGUGUCAAUCGGAGGGACAAUGGAAUCAAACAUCAGCUCACCACUGCUUAUACUCCUCAGCAGAAUGGCAUUGCCGAACGAAAGAAUCGUACCAUUCUGA